UCAGAGUUGAAAAAUGGGAAGUAAUGCAGCUUUAGCUGUCACAGCAGCUAACAUGGUGGAAGUUUUAAACUCCGGGAAGGAACAGCUUAAUUAAACAUUCACUCUGGAGAAAAUGAACCACACAGAAACAUAACCGCGCGUCCUGCCCGAUUCUGCAAUGCUGUGUGCGGGUGUUAAAGCCGUGAGGUCGUCGGUGUCAUUACGAAAGCAGUUAUGGACGAGUCAUGUUCACAGCGGGAUUGUUCACCACCUCCCUGCAGGACCAAAUUCGCCUGCUGCUCCUCCUGUUCUGACGGACUCUUCUGAGCCCGCCAACACAGAACAAAAACAUGACUCUAUCUCCACUUGGACCCCCGCCCAGGGUCCCCCACCGCUUCCCACGCACUGCUGCAUGAGUGGCUGUCACAACUGUGUAUGGAUUGAACACGCAGAGCAGCUGCUGGAGUACUACAACGAUGGAAGCGAGCAAGCGCUCGUUGCUAUUGAGGAGAACGUCCUCGAUGAGAACCUUAAAACUUACCUGAAGAUGGAGAUCAGACUCUUAAAAAAGACGUGACCGUCGCAGCCAAAAACCCUUCACAGGCUGAUAUUUUACAGCACACAGUGUACCUCCACAUUUUCACUCCUCCUUCAUCCUGUGGGUCCCACAGUAUAUGUCUAAUUUUAGAAAGAUGGCAGACGUUGACAGAUAAGACUUUGGGUCUUUGAUGGUCGUUGUUAUGUUGCACUUAUCUAAUAUUUGCUUCAACAAAGCAGGAAAAAAAGGAGUUGCCAUCUGGCAGGUUGCUGGAAAUCAUAAAUACUCAGGAUAAAAAUACUCUUUGAUUUUUACUGGAAUCUGUUCAGACCUGCUUUGGCCUUUAUUUCAUUUAGACAGUGCAGAUCUGUCAGGAUGUCAAGAAAUCUCAACCAUGAAAGAAAAAACACAAACACUUAAAUUUGCAAAGGCCGGAGAAAUUUAUUAGGAAUAUCAAACUAAUUCAUUUGAAAAUGAAAGCAACUCAUUGUAAAAGAGUUGAGGCAAGAAGUAUUUCUCCAAACUUUGAGUGUUUUUAAGUUAUCUAAGGUUCCAGCUUCCUGUGUGGCUUCAUAGUGUACAGAGAACAGAUGGCAGUCGGACCCUUUUAGAUCUUGACAUGUUCGUUUUUUUCUUAAGGAAGGGUUAUUCAUGUUGUUCAUACAGGGUCCUUGAAGUUCACAGUGUGAAAUGUUAUUUUUCUGUUAGAACCUUGUUUGUUGGUCCAGCUCAGUUGUGGUUCAUGUUCAGUGUCUCCGCCUGUCUGUGCUGCUUAAUAACCCCAGGGCAGAUGUUAUCGAUGGGGGCGUUCUGUUGCAAAACUACAGAAUCAUGAAGAUGGACUACAAACAGGUCCUCUUAGAUUUCUUUGCUAGUCAUGCAGGCUGACCAAAGACAAUCCAGUGAAAAAUAGCAUUUUAUUACCAAAUAUUUGUAAUAGGAAAUGUUAUUCACUCUGCUGUCCACUCAUACAUUUCUCUUGGUGCUGAAGAGAUGCUUUUCACCUCAGUGCAAGAUUUUCUUUGUGGGUCAUAUGACUUGUUGGAAGGUGUUAUUUCUUUUCAUAAAGUGUAUCUUCUGUUAAAGGAGGUGAUGAAGUAUUAAAGCACAUUUCCUUAGUAUUUGGAGAAUUCAGUCAGGUCUGAUUAUUAAGGCCUCACUCAAAUCAAAACCUGCCACAACUUUUGUUUCCAACAGUCUGAAGUUGUGCACAGACUGCAGUCCCAGCCGGUGGUCUGCUAUAAAGCAUAAGAUUGCAUCAUAACACAGUCCAACGAUUCUCUACAUGAAAGACCAUCGUUACUGUGAAUAAACAUAAAACAAACUAGUCCAGUGAAGAAAUAAAUAGCUUGAGUUUUCAGGGGUCUGAAACUGCAGCUUUUUAGAAGGUGUGAUGAGUUUUUGUCCCUUUCUGGUGAAUGUUUGCAAGUAAUAGUUGUAAUGUGCACAGCAUCACGAGCUGACAAGAGGAGCAAUGUUUGAAACUUCAGGGAUGUCUGAAUUGUUGUCACGUGCUGUUUGGUGUUUGAUUGGUUUGCAUUGUGUCUUUACAGCAUUUGCACCUUUGAAGCAUCAGAACAACACUUUGCCUCUCUGUAUUUGAGUUUAUUUAAAUUAUAUUAGAAAUUAGUUUUAAUCCAAUGCUUGUUAAAUAAAUAUUUUUUAUUUACUGUCAGA